GUGACUGGUUUUACGUUAGUUUUAUAGAUGUAAUUUCCUUAUAUCAAUCAAAAUAAUGAAAACUUUUAAAAAUCCAACAAUACAUUUAUAAUAAACAGAUACGUUGAUGUUAUAAUAAUGAAUUUUAAACAAUGAAUUCAUCUAUUUUCGCCGCCAUGUUUGGAAUUCUGAAUUUACAAGGCGUAUUUGAAUAUGUUUGCUAUGUUGUCACAUGUUUUCUGUAUCUUCUCUUUCUCCUGAACAUGAUAGUUAUAGCCAGAAGGGCAGACGAGAAGGAACGUCAGAAUCCUGCACGUAACAUUAAUUUUAAGCCAGAAAAAAGAUUAUGGAAGCAUAAAUCAGCGACAUUCAAGGCAGAAUUGGAAGGAAAUAACAAAAUAUAUGCAUUUGUAAUUCAGCGAUGGCAUUUACGAUCUGUGUAUAGGAAGCGAAUAAUGGAACGUGUUUGUAGUGUUAUAAUUCAGAAGUGGUUCAAAACAACUGUAAAUUUUAAUAACUUAUACAAUUACUGCAUAAUGAAGAAAACAAAUAGAAUGUGUUUUAAAGGGAAUGUCUGUUGCCUAACUUCGACUUCACGGAUUGAAAAUAAUGAAACAUGGAGUGUAAUGAGGAUUCAGAACUUAUGCCCAUUAUCUGUAGCAAACAUGACCCGAAAGAUUAUCCCGUUUAUUCCACAAUUCCUUUUGAUAUAUUUAAAAACAGAUAUUUAGUAGAAAUUACUAAUAUACAAUUUUCGUAUCGCAAAAUGAGUCUUUUCGAACAUUUACACCAGCUAAAAGAUAUAAAAGUCCAUCUGUUUAAGUUCGACAUGACCCUAUUUAAAACACUCUCUUGUAUUAUCAAUUAUCUAAUUGAAUUAAAGAAGAGAAAUUCUAAAUUUCAGACAGUUGAAGGGAUAAAUAUUUUAUAUUGUUACUUAGUAGAAAAAUAUAUUAUCAUGGGCAUUUGUAAAGUAAAAAGAUGGUACUUAAUACAUUUAUUUAAAAAAUCAAUUCCUUCAUUUUCGAAGCUUCAGAAUAAUCUUCUGACAAUAGAAAAAUGGUAUACAAGUCAAGUUUUCCUUUAUUUAAUAGCUAAGAAAGAAGCGUCACGGCAAAUAGAAAUGUGGUAUAAAUUCAAAUUUAUACGUAUGCCCAACCAAACUCCUAUUAAAAUAUAUGCUAAUCGCUCUUAUAAACUCAAUACAAUAUU